UAGGAGAUGUUUGUAAUCCGAAUCCUUGUUUGAAUGGAGGUACUUGUGUGCCAAAUGGAUUUGGAGGAUUUACUUGUCAAUGUCCACCAGGAUUUAGUGGUCAAAGAUGUGAAGAUCGUGAUCCUUGUGCUUCUCAACCUUGCAUGAAUCAAGGCACUUGUAUACGAGAUAAUGGUGGUUUUCGUUGUGUUUGUCCACCAGGAUAUUCUGGAAGUCGAUGUGAAAUUCGUGAUGCAUGUCAACCUAAUCCUUGUCUGAAUGGAGGUACAUGUCGACCUACAAAUGGAAAUGGUGGAUAUCAAUGUACAUGUCCAUCUGGUUUUACAGGUUCACGUUGUGAAACAAGAGAUGUUUGUAAUCCGAAUCCUUGUUUGAAUGGAGGUACUUGUAUACCAAAUGGAUUUGGUGGAUUUACAUGUCAAUGUCCACCAGGAUUUAGUGGUCAACGAUGUGAAGAUCAAGAUGGUUGUGCAAGUCAACCAUGUAAAAAUAAUGGUGUUUGUGUUAGUUCAGGUGGUGGUACAUAUACAUGUCAAUGUUUGACAGGUUUUGAAGGACAAAAUUGUGAUCAAGUUGAUAUUUGUGGUGUCAAAAAUCCAUGUAUUUGUGGUACAUGUCAAAAUGAUCCAUUUAAUCCUCAAGGUUUUCGUUGUUUCUGUCCACCUGGUUAUUCAGGAAAUCGAUGUGAACAAUUAAUUAGCUGUAUAGAUAGCGGAGAGGAAUGUAUAAAUGGCGGUGAAUGUAUACAACGUCCAAUUGGUGAUUAUGUUUGUUCAUGUCCAUAUCCAUAUUGUGGUUCACGUUGUCAAAGUCAACGACCAUCCUGUGAUGGAACAAGUCCUACUGUUACACCAGUUUUAACAACAUUACAUCCUGGAUGUUCUUCCAGUCUUUGUAACAAUCGUGGUACAUGUCAACAAAAUGGAUAUGGAAAAGGUAUACAAUGUUAUUGUUCAAUAGGAUGGUCUGGUUCACGAUGUCAAUAUGCUACACGUACAAAUGUUGGUCAUAGCCAAAAUUUAAUAUUAAAAACUAAUCGAACCAUUUCAACAAAUACUAGUAUAUAUACUCGACGACCACGAACAUAA